AUGGCGCCGAUAAAGCGCAAGGGGAACGCCCCCGAAGAAACGGCCACCCGCCAGCCCCAAAAGCGCGCAAAGGUCGGAGCUGAGGAAUUCAAAGACCAGAAGCCCAAGGAUACCGCCCCGAAGGCUUCGGAGCUCUCUGUUCUGCGUGAUGAUGAGCCAUCUUUCCCUCGUGGUGGUGCUAGCGUUUUGACCCCAUUGGAGCGCAAACAAAUUCAAAUUCAGGCCACCAAGGAUGUCUUGUUCGAGCAAAAGGGAUCCAAGGGACCCAAGAAACCCACUCGCCAGACUGACGACGACAACGACGAUGAGGAUGACGAUAUUGAGAUGGAAGAUGAAGACACCACAGCCCCUGCCAAGAAAUCACGCAAGAAGAAGACUAAGGGCAAGAAGACCGAUGAUAAGGAAAAGGCGGAGAAGACUGUUCGCAUUGAGCCUCUCAGCUUUAAGCGCAUUGUGGCUGGAUCUAUGAUUCUUGGUCAAAUCACCAGCAUCAGUGCCCACGAAAUUGCAGUUUCUCUACCGAAUGGCCUUGUUGGCUUCGUCCCUCUUACCUCCGUCUCAAAGGUCCUUGAUGAUAAAAUCGAGAAGCUGCUCAACGAUGAGGGCAGUGAUGAUGAGGAUAGCUCGGAUGAAGAUUCUAUCGACCUCAAGGACUACUUCUACAUCGGACAGUAUCUCCGUACCUAUGUCGUUUCCACUGGUACUGAGGCUGCUGAGGCCGGUGUUCGCAGCAAGAAGCGUCUCGAGCUUGCAAUUGAUCCCAGAAAGGCAAACACUGGUCUCUCUAAAUCUGACUUAGUGGUUGAGUCGGCUAUUCAGGCCUCCGUUAUCAGUGUGGAAGACCACGGUCUGGUUAUGGACCUUGGCAUUGAAGGUGCAGAGCUGAAGGGCUUCAUGUCCUCGAAGGAAGUCGACCCGCGCGUGGAUUACCACAGCAUUAAAGAAGGAUCCGUCUACUUGUGUAUGGUCACCGGCCAAAAUUCCAGCGGUAACGUGAUCAAGCUUUCUACCAAUCUUCAGUCCGCUGCUUCUAUCAAAAAGUCCCACUUCCUCAGCGCUGCCCCCACAAUCGGCACCUUCCUGCCCGGUGUUGCUGCUGAAAUUCUCCUGACUGAGGUCACCGAGAAUGGUCUGAUGGGUAAGAUCAUGGGCAUGCUUGAUGCUACAGUUGACCUGGUUCAAUCCGGUGCCAACGACGGAAAGCUUGACCUGGUGCGAAAGUACAAGAUGGGAGCCAAGAUCAAGGGUCGUAUCAUCUCAACUUUCCCAUCCGCCGAACCUUUCAAGGUUGGCUUUUCUAUCCUGGACCAUGUCCUCAAACUCUCCUCCGAGUCCUAUGGCCCUGGCUCGUCUACUGAGGCACCUGCUAUCUCCGCAAUCAUCCCUGAAGCCAAGGUUAUCAAGGUUGACCCUGGUAUGGGUGUCUACGUUCAGAUCGGAGAGACCAAGCACAUUGGAUUUGUCCACAUCUCAAGACUGUCAGAUGGCAAGGUUGAGUCAAUCUCGGAUGACGAGGGUGCAUUCCAGAUUGGUGCUACUCACGAAGCCCGAAUUGUCGGCUACAACACACUGGACAACCUUUACCUUCUCUCUUUUGAAAAGACUGUCAUUGAACAGCCAUUCCUCCGCCUCGAGGAUGUCACCGUCGGUGCCAUUGUUAAAGGAAAGGUCGCUAAGCUUUUGGUCGGACCCACUGGCAUGGAUGGUUUGAUCGUUGACCUUGCAGAUGGUAUUUCGGGUCUUGUUCCAUCUAUGCAUUUUGCGGACUCCCAGCUUCAGUUCCCAGAGAAGAAGUUCCGUGAGGGCAUGAAGAUCUCUGCAAGAAUUUUGUCCGUCAACCUGGAGAAGCGUCAAAUUCGGUUGACACUGAAGAAGAGUUUGCUGAACAGUGAAUCCGCCAUCUGGAAAGACUACAAGGAUAUCCUGGCCGGUGCUCAGUCUCCCGGAACCAUUGUCAACCUCCAGGCCCACGGUGCUGUCGUUCAGUUCUACGGUUCUAUCCGUGGUUUCCUUCCUGUGUCUGAAAUGAGUGAGGCCUACAUUAAGGACCCCGCCCAACAUUUCAAGCUCGGUCAGGUUGUCAAUGUGCAUGCCCUUAGUGUGGAUGCUUCCCAGGGUAGACUUGCAGUUUCUUGCAAGGACCCUUCCACCUUCACUGAGAAAUACCGCAAGGCCUUUGAAGAUAUUCACCCCGGUCUACUCCUUGCAGGAACUGUCUUCGAGAAGUCCAACGAUGAUGUACUACUCAAGCUUGACGAAUCUGGACUUGUCGCUCGUUUGGACGUGCAGCACAUCAUCGAUGGUUCCCCGUCUAAGCAGAGCUCUACGUUAUCGAAGAUCCGUGUCGGCCAGAAGCUGAACGAUCUCAUGGUUCUCGACAUCCAGCGUGCUCACCGUCUUAUCCGAGUCACUUCCAGAGCUAGCCUCAAGAAGGCCGUUAAGCAAAAGACUAUGCCCAGCAAAUUCACUGACCUUCAACAGGGCAAAACCGUUACCGGUUUUGUCCGCAACAUUACUCCCGCUGGGUUAUUCAUUGAGUUCCUGGGUGGUCUGACUGGUCUUGUUCCCAAGCGUCUGAUCGAAGAAGCCAACCUUUCUCAGGUUGAAUUUGGAAUGUCGAAGGGUCAGACCAUCACAGUGACAGUUCACUCCGUCGAAAGUGACGUUCAGCGUUUCAUUUUGAGCCAAAAGUCCGCCGAGGCCACUACAGAGGGAUCCAAAAAGACCAAGACUCUCAAUCAGCCCGAUAACGCUCUCGUUAACGCAGUUGACGAGUCGGUCAAGACGCUUUCCGACCUCACCUUUGGCAGACUUGUCAAGUGCAAGAUUGUCUCUAUCAAGUCGACUCAAGUCAAUGUUCAGCUUGCAGAUAACAUCCAGGGCCGUAUCGACGUCUCUGAAGUUUUCGACAAGUGGGAUGAUCUUAAGGAUCGGAAGCAGCCCCUCCGCUUUUUCAAGGCCAAGCAGGAGCUGUCCGCCAGAAUCCUGGGUGUUCACGAUGCCCGUAGCCACAAGUUCCUUCCUAUCUCCCACCGCAGCGGCAAGUACCCUGUCUUCGAGCUUUCUCUUAAGCCAAGCUUCAUUAAGGCUGCCAACCCAGAGCCAUUGAACAUGGAUCAGGUCAAGGUCGGAUCAUCCUGGAUGGGCUUUGUCAACAACGUUGCUGAAGACAGCCUCUGGAUCAAUCUGUCUCCCAACGUUCGCGGCAGACUGCGCUUUAUGGAUGCGUCGGAUGACUUGUCUCUUUUGACUGAUGUUGAGAAGAACUUCCCCAUUGGAUCCGCACUUAAGGUUCAAGUCACUGCUGUCAACGCCGAUAAGGGUCACUUGGAUCUUUCUGCCAAGCAGGGCAUUGAUAAGCUUUCUUUCGAUGACAUCUCGGUCGGCAUGAUCUUGCCUGGUCGUGUCACCAAGGUGACUGAGAAGCAGGUGAUCAUGCAGCUUAAUGAUGCGCUUGUUGGUGCUGUCAAUAUGCUGGACCUUGCCGAUGAUUACUCCAAGGCCAACCCGACUGUGCACCAAAAGAACGAGGUCCUGCGGGCAUGCGUCGUUGCCGUUGACAAGGCUCACAAGAAGAUCAAUCUGUCUCUUCGUCCGUCCAAGGUCAUGAGCUCGUCUCUCCCUGUUCAGGAUCGUGAGAUCUCUUCUAUCAAGGACCUCAAGCCCAAUGAUGUCGUCCGAGGCUUUGUCAAGCGCGUUGCGGACUCUGGCCUCUUCGUGGCUGUUGGUCAAGAUGUCACCGCCUACGCUCGUGUCUCUGAUCUCUCUGAUUCAUACCUCAAGGAGUGGAAGGACUCUUUCCAAGUGGAUCAGCUUGUUAAGGGCCGUGUCAUUGUGGCUGAUGCCGAGCAAAACAAGCUGCAAAUCAGCUUGAAGGAGUCCGCCCUGGACCCCAACUUUAAGGCUCUCGUCACUCUGCAAGAUCUUAAGGUUGGCGAGAUUGUCACUGGUAAGGUCCGCAAGGUUGAGGAGUUCGGUGCUUUCAUUGUUGUCGAUGGAUCCAAGAAUGUCAGUGGCCUCUGUCACCGUAGUGAGAUGGCCGACAAGCGUGUCGAAGAUGCUCGCAAGCUGUACGAUGCAGGCGAUGCUGUCAAGGCCAAGGUCAUCAAGAUCGAUCGCGAGGCAGGAAAGGUCUCAUUCUCCCUCAAGGCCUCCCACUUCCAAGAUGAGGAGAGUGAAGACGAGGAUAUGAGUGAAGAUGGUAUCGGCGGUGUCGAGCUUGGAGAAGACGACAGCGAUGACGAUGACGAUGAUGACGUCUCCAUGGGCGGUGUGGACGUGGAAGAUGAAAGCGAUGAAGAUGAGGAUGAGGAUGAUGAGGAAAUUGAGAGCGAUGACGAAGAUGUUGCUAUGACUGGUAACAAGCCCUCCAAGGUUGGCGGACUCGGUGCUUCUGGUUUCGACUGGAGUGGCAACGCUCAGGACGCGGCCGAGGCUGCAAGCCCCGACAGUGAUGAUGAUGGCUCCAAGAAAAAGAAGAAGAAGAACCGUAAGGCUGAGAUCCAGGUUGACCGCACCGGCGACUUGGAUGCCAACGGCCCGCAGUCCGUUGCUGACUACGAGCGUCUUCUCCUUGGUGAGUCCGACUCCUCGCUGCUGUGGCUGCAGUACAUGGCCUUCCAGCUGGAGUUGGGUGAGGUCGAGAAGGCUCGCACCAUUGCUGAGCGUGCUCUCCGUACUAUCACCAUGGGUCAGGAUGCCGAGAAACUGAACAUCUGGGUGGCAUUGUUGAACUUGGAGAACACAUACGGCGACGACGAUAGCCUCGAGGAGGUGUUCAAGCGUGCCUGCCAGUUCAACGAUCCCCAAGAGAUCUACGAGCGCAUGAUCAGCAUCUACAUUCAGUCCGGAAAGAACGAGAAAGCGGAUGACCUCUUCCGAACUGCCAUGAAGAAGAAGAUCUCGAACCAGUCUCCCAAGUUCUUCCUCAACUACGCCACCUUCCUCUUCGACACCUUGGCUGUUCCCGAGCGAGGCCGUGGUUUGCUCGGACGUGCCCUGCAGUCGCUUCCCCCUCACACACACGUUGAAACCACUUCCAAGUUUGCGCAGCUGGAGUUCCGAUCACCCAACGGUGAUUCCGAGCGCGGCCGCACCGUGUUCGAGGGGCUGCUGUCCUCGUUCCCCAAGCGCAUUGACCUGUGGAACGUGCUUCUGGAUCUGGAGAUCAGUGCUGGCGAUGUUGAGCAAGUGCGCCGUCUGUUUGAGCGUGUACUUGGUCUGCAGAACAAGAAGGGCAAAAUCAGCGUUGACGCUAGCAAGAAGCUUAAGCCCAAGCAGGCCAAGUUCCUAUUCAAGAAGUGGCUUGCUUUUGAGGAGACCCUCGCUGCCGCCAACGGAAACGAGAAGAUCGUCGAGGACAUCAAGGCGCGGGCUGCGGCCUACGUCAAGGGCAUCAUCCAAUUCAUUUCUCUCGCCUGUGGUAUCGUCCUUACAUUCUUCCCCGACGAAUACGACCGAGCAGCCCCCAACUGGGCUCGCACCGGCAACCAGAUCGAUGUCAAGGACAUCAAUCACUGGCCUACAGAUAUCUCCCGCGAUAUCAUCCCAUUUGGCUGCCACUCUCAUAAUGACUACUGGCGCCGUGUCCCGCUCUACUCGGCACUGCAGGCGGGCUGCAUUGGCAUCGAGGCAGAUGUCUGGCUAUUCGAUAACCAACUCUACGUCGGUCAUACCACCACUUCUUUAACAUCGCGCCGCACCCUGCGCUCGAUGUACGUCGACCCCCUUGUCCGUAUCCUCGAACGCCAGAACCCUAUUACCCCGUUCCAGCGCUUCAUCAGCCAGCCUCCGCAUGGCGUCUUCGACACAGACCCUGAACAGACGCUGAUCCUUCUCAUCGAUUUCAAAACCGACGGCGCAGCCACAUGGCCUGUAGUUGCUAGCCAUCUAGCUCCGCUGCGAGACCGGGGUUACCUCACACAUUUCAAUGGGCAUGAAGUUAUCCAAGGACCUAUUACCGUCGUCGGAACUGGCAACACGCCCUUUGAUCUGACUAUCGCGAAUUCCACGUACCGGGAUAUCUUCUUUGAUGCACCACUAGCCAAACUAGUCGAUGCCGAUAAACCAGAUGAUGGACAUUCAUCUCUAUCUUCUACCGGUGGUCAAGGCUUAUCCGGCAUGCCGGAUAUCAUUACUGCGAAUACGUUCAAUGCUACGAACAGCUAUUACGCUUCUGUGGAUUUCAUGUCUGCAAUUGGAUUUCCAUGGCCAUUUCAUUUCUCACAACGUCAAAUCGAGUUGAUUCGUACCCAUGUGCGGAUUGCGCAUCAGCAUGGUCUCAAGGUGAGGUAUUGGGGGAUACCGAGCUGGCCAAGGAGCUUGCGUAAUCAUAUUUGGCGGAUUCUUGCGCAGGAAGGUGUUGAUAUGUUGAAUGUGGAUGAUUUGGUUGAGGCUACUAAGGGGACUUGGGAGAUUAAGAUCUUUGAUUGGUGGAAGUAG